AUGUGUUUCAUGCUAGAGGGAGCACCUGAAGUGUCUCAAGCAGGGUCAAGGGUCAUUCCUGCAUUUCAGAAAGAUCACUGGGGCAGCCAUGUGGAGGAUGGGUUGAAGACAGUCUGCCAAGAGAGACUGGGAUUUCUGAAAGGAAAUAUGAUCUUUCUGGCAGGGAUUUCUCACAUCACAAUCCUGACAGUUCUGUUCAUUACAGGGAUUAUUGGAAAUGGGUUUCUAGUGGUCGUGAAUGUCAGUAAACUUAUUCAAAACAAGAGGCUGAUCUCCAUUGAGCUCCUUCUCACCUGCCUUGGGAUGUCACGUCUUGGCUUGCAGAUUUUGUUGACAUUCCAAGGUGUCAUGAGCGUCUUCUUUGCCAAUGUGUAUCGGAAGAACAUUUAUGGAUCUCUGUUCCUCUUCAUCUGGAUGUUUCUAAACUCCUCCAGCUUCUGGUUUGCCACCUGCCUUGGCAUUUUCUACUGCCUUAAGAUUUCUGACUUCACACAUCCCUGUUUUCUGUGGCUGAAAUUCAGGGUCUCCAGACUAAUGCCCUCAAUGCUCCUGGGAAGCCUGCUGAUCUCAGUGAUCACUGCCAUUUUAUGUGCCUAUAUGUGGGAUUCCUCCUCAGAUUCCUACACUAACCGAUCCAAGAAUAGUUCCCUGACUAGCCCUGAUUCUGAAAGAGUCAUUGCCAGUGACAUGAUCCUAGUCAACCUCAUAUUAAUAUUUCCUCUUGGCCUGUUUGUCAUGUGUACGGUGACAUUAUUUGCCUCUCUUUACAGCCACACUCGCCGGAUGCAAACAAGUUCCUCUGGCUUGGGGAAUCCCAGUGGAGAAGCCCAUGUCAAUGCCUUGAGGACUGUGGUUACCUUCUUUUGCUUUUUCAUUUCCUACUUUGCGGCUCUAAUGGUGAACCUGACAUUCACGGUGCCCUUUAGAAGCCCCUUAUUCUUCCUCCUAAAAGAUGUGAUGGCAGCUUACCCCUCUGGCCACUCUGUUAUCAUUAUCCUAAGCAAUUCCAAAUACCAGCAGUCAUUCAGGAGGAUCCUGGGCCUUCCAAAGAAGCCAUAA